AUGUGCACGUCCAUUGUGCAACUUUUCACCAAACAGAAAUCUGCUUUCUUUGGAGUUGGUGUUUGGCGUGCGACUGCACCAUAUAAUGUUAGCUGGCCUGAUUACGCUCGCUCAUUCUUACGUCACCCUAUUUUCCUGCUUCCCUUGCUCAUCCCAGUGAUGUGGUUCAGAUUCCCGACCUUUGAUCUUAGGGUCUACAUCACAGCCGCUGUGGCGCUGCUUCUAUAUGCAGGACAAAAAGAAGAGUCCUUCAUCUUCCUUACGAAUCGAGUAGCUGUAUUUUUGGGAGAUAUUUCUUACGCACUCUAUCUGGUGCAGUGGCCAUUGCAUUGCAUUGCAACAUAUUAUAGCGAUAUCAUUCCUAUG